UGCUGUUUAUUUCUAUUCACAGCUGUUAAUUGGAAAUUACAUAAAAUGGUACAAACUUAGCUCAUAAUUUUUAAAAACAUUCGUAAAAGUCUAUCAUCUAUCCCCAAAUUCCAUAUAUCCGUAAAUCGCAAAUUUAUCUGUACGAUGUCGUCGCCUAAAACUCAAACCAUUCCCGCACCAAAGGCAAGUUCCGUGAUCUUGGCGGGGCUUGGAGUGGCUGCUGUGGGCUUCGCCGGCAAGCACCUGCUGCGUCGCAUGCCCCAGAUGACCACCAAGUUCAACGAGGCGCUCAAAAACUUGCCCAAGUUCGACGCGGAGAGCAUGGCGGCGUCCAAGUACUACAAGGGCGGCUUCGAUCCUAAAAUGAACAAACGAGAAGCGGCGCUCAUUCUGGGUGUUAGUCCAAGUGCUUCCAAGUUGAAGAUCAAGGAUGCUCAUAAGAAGAUCAUGUUGCUUAACCAUCCGGAUCGAGGGGGUUCACCCUACUUGGCGGCCAAAAUCAACGAAGCCAAGGACUUUCUGGACAAAGCUAAAUAGAGUCGGGAAUAUAUCCCCCCCUUCGAGUGUAAAUAAACUAGUUGUUAGCAUGUAAGGUCACUUUUGUAGUGUUUUAUUAAAGGGAACAAUGUUUGCCGUCUACGAA